AUGGCGGAUGCGGCAGCCCAAUGUCAUAUCGUAGACGCGUACCGAAACCUCGCCACGGACCGGCAGUUUGACGAGAUCGAAGGCUCUCUUUUCUUGCCUAAGGACGAUCCAGCCUCUAUACUCGAGGCGUAUGUAGCCGCGGACUCGACAAUUGCAAGCGACUGGCAAGAGCUUUCGCCCGUGGUGGAUCUUUCGAAACCCGAUCCUCUCCCGCUCGAGAGUCCCGUCAAACGGGAAGCCUGGAAAUCGACGAGAGACGCGUCUGCCGACAUAGGUCGUGCCAGUAAAGUGACCCUGCUAGAUCUGAAUGCACUCAGAGAGUAUAUCGGGACAUCGCGCCCUUUAUGUAUUUUCUUCAUUCGGAAGCGGAACUCCUACUCUGCGCUGUCCAUCUCUUCGGCAUUCUUUUGUCAUCUGUGCGAGGAGAUCUCCAUUCCCCGGAUGUUUCGAGAUUACAUCCUAUAUUUUGGAAGACGACCGUAUGAAGUGGAAAUAGCGCCACCCCCUUUCAGUUUCGAAACUUCCAUUACGAUCAGAUCGAAGGGCCGCCCAGAAUGGGAGGCGAUGGGAGUCAUCCGUUUCGUGGAAGACAACGGCAGGGCCAAUGUCUCGAAUCUAAGUGAGCGGUGGUCAAUUCGGCAGACGGCUUUGUUUUCUAGGUUUGAUGAGCAACAGUCUCGGGCAUUCUGGCUGUUCGUGUCGCUAUCUAGCUCCGCAGAGGCUGUUUUGGACGAUAUUUGGGGAUCUGCAGAGCAUAAAACACAGUGUCCCUGGUGGACACUGCACGAGCUAUAUUUCUAUGCGGCAUGCAACUGGAGGCCAUAUGUUGUUGCACUGAUGCAUGAGGUUGAGAGGCACGAAAGAGACCUCCUAGGCACCUCCCCGGACAACUCUGGUCCCGUCCCUUUGCCUGAAGCAGAAGAACGGCAGGCUUUGCUUAUCCUCGAGAAGAGGAUUUCGACCGCCAAAUUGGCCAUUAAAUCGACAAAAGCUGAUGUGGAGUUCUUGCAAGUGCAGCUUCAGAGCCAUCAAUCCGAAGCGCCCGAGGACAAGCCAAAUUACUUGCAAACUUGGCGGCGGCGUUUCGCUGAAAUCGUGCGCUAUCUCAAUGUGAACCUCAUGCGCCUUGACGAAAUAUACUCUCGCUUGCAAAGCCUGACGAAGUUGCUGUCGAGUUUCCUGAAACUGAACAGCAGCUAUGCAUUACAGGGCUUGACCCAAGAAUCCAAACGGGAAAGUGAGGCCAUGCGCAGGCUGAACGUAAGAAUGGCCGAACUUGCCGAGAAGAACGCGGAGGAAGCAGUGACUGUCACCGUGUUGGCGAUACUGACCAUGGUAUACCUGCCGUUUACCGUCGUGUCCAACUUCUUUUCGACAUCAUUCGUUGGAACUGAUUCUGACCGGAUCUACAUUACACGGGACUCAUGGGUUCUGUUCGUGAUCUCCAUACCUUUGACCUUUCUGACCGUAUAUGCAUGGAGAGUCUGGACUCAGAUUAAGGUCAAGUGCCGAUAUCCAUUCUGGUGGUCCUUGCUAGGCCUCAAGCAAGAAAGACGACCUCUAAAGGACUAUCACGACGCCUACAACAAUUAUGAUCACCAGACGCUUCAUAUGAUUGAAAACUCCCUCUGA